AUGCCAUCCGUAGCAUCAGUCUGGGCAGAACCGCCGACGCGGACACCGCUAAUCGAGAAUCUCGUCUCUGGUGUUGACAGAUAUAACCCCAACAAUGUUGGAAUUCUCGAGGACUACCUGUACCACCAGAUUCGCAGCGAGGAGUACGAUUGCCUCGCGAAUCUAGCCAUCCUAAAACUGUAUCAAUUCAACCCUGACCUGUACAAUCCCGAUGUUGUAAUCAACAUUCUCAUCAAAGCACUCACAUCUUCACCCUUCCCCGACUUCAACCUCUGUAUUUCCCUCCUCGACGAACGGUCGGUGAACGCAAACCCCGACGAGCCCGACCCACUACCCUCCCUCCUCCCUAUUCUCACCACACUGUACAACCUCCUACAGCAGUGCCGCUUUCCCGCGUUCUGGUCGCUCUACCGCUCGGACCAGGUCGAGUCGCUGCGGGACAACUACACGGUCGAGUGCGUCGGCUUCGAGGACUCUAUCAGGGAGGUCGCGAUCCGUGCUGUGAAGGCUGCGUUCACGCGGAUAGGUCGCGAGCGGUUGGGCACGUAUCUCGAUCUGACAGGCGAGAACCUGAACGCGUACAUUGCGAAAUUGGGAUGGACGGUCGACUCUGCGACCGGCGUCAUCACUGUUCCUCCCAAUCCAGACAACCAGAUCGUCUCGACGGUCGUGCAAGAAAAUAUUAAGCUACCUCAGCUAAUCAAAGUUAUUGCGCACACACAAACUGCGUAG